GGCCGUGGCAGUUGCUGUCAGCUGAUCCCUUGGGCUCGGAGGGGUGGCGGCGGCGACCAUGGACUUUCUCCUGGGGAACCCGUUCAGCUCCCCUGUGGGGCAGCGCAUCGAGCGAGCCACUGAUGGAUCCCUGCAGGGCGAGGACUGGUCCCUCAACAUGGAGAUCUGUGACAUCAUUAACGAGACUGAGGAGGGCCCCAGAGACGCCUUGCGAGCCCUGAAGAGGAGGAUUGUGGGUAAUAAGAACUUCCACGAGGUGAUGCUGGCGCUCACGGUCUUGGAAACCUGCGUGAAAAACUGUGGCCAUCGCUUCCACGUCCUCGUGGCCAGUCAGGACUUCGUGGAAGGGGUCCUGGUGAGGACCAUCUUGCCAAAGAACAACCCCCCCACCACUGUCCACGACAAGGUUCUGAUGCUGAUCCAGUCCUGGGCAGACGCCUUCCGAAGCUCACCCGACCUGACAGGCGUCGUAGCUGUCUAUGAAGAUCUCAGGAGGAAGGGCCUGGAGUUUCCCAUGACGGACCUGGACAUGCUGUCCCCCAUCCACACGCCCCAGAGGUCCGUGUAUAGCUCCGAGCCCCCACCAGGACAGAAUUCAUCAGUAACACAGUCCAGUCAGCGCACAAACGCCCUGCAGCAAGCCGUGUCCCUGCCAAACGUGCCGUCCGCCCCGGAUGACGUGCCUAUGACGCCAACACCAGAGCAGAUUGGGAAACUCCGCAGUGAGCUGGAGGUGGUGAAUGGCAACGUGAAGGUGAUGUCAGAGAUGCUGACCGAGCUGGUCCCCGGGCAGGCUGAGCCCUCAGACCUGGAGCUGCUGCAGGAGCUGAACCGGACGUGCCGAGCUAUGCAGCAGCGAGUUCUCGAGCUGAUCCCCCGGGUCCUCAACGAGCAGCUGACCGAGGAGCUGCUCAUCGUCAACGACAACCUCAACAACGUGUUCCUGCGCCAUGAACGGUUUGAGCGGUUCCGAACGGGCCAGCAUAACAGGGUCCCAAGUGAGGUGGAGCCAGCGACCAAUCUGAUUGACCUCAGCAGCGCCAGUCCUGCCCCGGCGGGGCACCAGCCAGAAACCCCCAGGACCCUCUCCUCUCAGCUCGCCGGGAUGAACCUCGGCACCAGCAGCGUCAGCGCCACGCUGCAGUCUCUGAACACCUCGGGAAAACUGGAAGACGAGUUUGACAUGUUCGCCUUGACUCGGGGGACCUCGCUGGCGGAUCAGCGGAAGGAAGUCAAGUAUGAAGCGCCCCAGGCUAAGGACGGACUGGCGGGAGCCCUGGAUGCCCGGCAACAGAGCACUGGAGCGAUGGAAGGCAGCAGUGAGGAGGCCCUCAGCGCCUGGAUGGCGAAUCAGGGAAUGAUCCCCAUCACUCAGGCCUCCCUCAUGGAGGACAUUGAACAGUGGCUUUCCACCGAUGUGCUGAGGAAACUGAGGCCCAGGGACAUAAGGAGACAUGCAGACAGCGUUGGGAGCCCCCCUCCAAGGGAGGAGGUCAGCGGCCCAACCAUAAGGGGCCACUUGGACUAUGCGAGGGGCAGAUUUCAGCUCCAGGGAAGGGGAAAUUUCCUAACAGCUCAAGAUGUCCAGAAAGGGACAGGGGCAGUGGGCCCCUCCCCUCUCCCAGCCCAGGCCAGGGGCCCGUCAGGUCAGGGAAAUGAAGCGGAGGAUUCCAAAGGGGUCACCAGCGAAGGUAAAUUUGACAAAUUCCUGGAAGAACGGGCAAAGGCCGCCGAGAGGCUCCCCACGCUCCCCAGCCCUCCAGAAGGAUCACCCAGCUCUGCCCCCCAGAAGAGGAAGGACAAAGACGAUGACUCCCUCUUUGCCUUGUGAGCCCUGAGUUCGAGGGCACUGCACCCAAGGGGACUGGAGGCCCCUUUCCUUUUACCUGCUAGGCCGGGGUCAGGACAGGGAGGUCCUGCUGGGCCUCUCCUCCAGCCUCAGCCAUUAGGCUGCUUUGGGUGGUUUGUUAGCUUUUAUCCCAGGAGGUAGCUUGGGCUGGGCCGGGACGUGCAGAGGGUCGGGGUGGAUGGCCCAUAGCGGGAGGGCAGGGUGCUCGGCUGUCUUCUGGCCUCUUCCCUCCCCUCCCCCUCCAACCACUACCUCUGCUGAGGGUUUGUGGCACAACUCAACGCCCGCCGUUUCCGUAGUCUCCACCUCUAGGCUGACUGCUUCUGUCGACCUACUGUGGUCUCCUCCUCUCUCAGGGCAACUCUCCUCCAUGUACCUCUCCCCAGGGUGGCCUUCUCUGCCCACCCGGCCCGUAGUUUGAGUUCUCAGUCCUGUCUGAGGAUCCCAGACCCAGCUCGCCCACAAGGAUGGGGGGGGUCCAUGUUGUUCCCCUAAACAUCCCGUCAGGUUUAUGACGUUUCUCCAAGAUCCAGCCCUUGGACAAUCAGUCCCCCUUCCUGCCGACCCCCAGGAAUGCUGCACAAGGUUCCAGUUCCUCCCUUCCCAGGCUGUCCCCAGGCCCUCAGAAUGAGAAGCCCACAUGGGCCCCUUUCUAGCUGCACAAAGUCCAGGUACCAGAGCGCACAAAUGGGACUGAGGCUCCAUCAGCAGAGCAAGCAGGGGUGAGCCUGGUCUCUCCUCAGCCCCCCAGGCCAGGUCUGACAGCUGUGCCUUAGAGCUCCCUGCUCAUGACACCCCUCCCACCCACCCCACCCACCCGUGUCCCCUCUCUUCCUGGGGAAUGGGAGUUAACAUCAGGGCAAGACCUCAUGACCAGGCAGUCUCUUCAGCAGCGGAGAACACGCAUGUGGGAGGAAAUGAGGCCCUAACUGGGCAGGGCAUGGCUGGGCUGACCCAGAGGUGUCCAUGUAACUGGGAGAUUGGCCUUUUGUGUAUCCAUAUUAAAGGUGGAAAAGCAA